GGCCUCAUCUCCAAAGAUAUUUCAUCAUUCCCUUCUUCUUAAUUCUCUCUCACUCUCUCUAAGCAUGAAAUCCAUAGAAGUAUUCUGCGCCUCCCCAGCUUCAACAGCGAUAUGCUCGAGCACGGACCACCGCACCAUAAUCCGGCACGGAAUGAGAUCGGUCCACCGCCUCGGAGAAACGCCGCGAAGCAGACGAUCAAACGCCGCUCCCUGCUCCUCUCAUCUCCCCUUCGAACCUUCCACUAAGUCCGCCAAAGACGGCGAUGUUUCGCGGCGAAAGAGCUCCGCCGACGUCUACGAUUUAGCCUCCCGCCGCCUCCUCAGCAACAAGCCUUUCCUGGAUUUCAUCUCCGACUCUCAAACCGCCAUCGUUCCUAGCCAGCCCCUCGUCAGAGAUAGCAGCGAUAAGCGCUUGAAUCUGGAGUCCUUUCGGUCUCUCUCCGCCCGCCCUCACGAAUCGCCCGUGUUUAGGCCUUCCUCCACGGAUUCCGCCGCCGCCGGGAAACUCAUCGAUCAUCUCAAUGCUCACAGAUCUUCCCUCACUCCAUCAAAUCGCCAUCAGGUUGUUGAGUUGAGGGUAUCGAUCCACUGCAAGGGCUGUGAAGGAAAACUCAGAAAACAUAUCUCCAGAAUGGAAGGAGUGACAUCAUUUAGCAUAGAUUUGGAGACGAAAAAAGUGACGGUAAUUGGGAGGGUGACGCCUCUAGGUGUGUUGAGUAGCAUUUCAAAGGUGAAGAAUGCCCAAUUUUGGCCAUCUCCGGCGUCGUCGUCAUCAUCGUCUUCGCAGUCACCAUUGCCGUCACCGAGAGUUACUUCUCUCAUGUCUCCGAGAGUCAGUGUCACAAGAUAGAUUACUAGUAAUAUUAGUAAUAUUAAUCUGAAUUAGGGUUUAUGUUCUGGACUAUCAUAUUUUAUUUCAUUGAAAUAACUCGAUGUUUUAAUGAAUUACAUGUUAAAUUUGGGUUGUAGUGUGUUGUGAGUGACUGUUUGUGUAUAGCAAAACGCUUAAUAAUUAUGAUUGCCUAUUAAUUUGCAUUUCAAUUGACACAUGGUUUAAUUUGGUUA